GUCAUUCUUCAUACCGAAAUAUGGAUGUGAAUGUAUCCCAUGUAGGUCGAUGUGAAGUGUGUGACAUGGCGUUUACGUCCAAGAAGGUUAGUAUUCAGUCAGGGUUUUUGAACUUCAUUUGUCAUCUAGGCAAGUCUGAUGCACAAUGUUUCGGCUGAACAUCACGUACGUUAUGAACGGAGACAGCGUGCUCUCAGAAAACCACUGUAUACGUUGCCCCCUUCACGUUCUAACUUUUACCCACUUCAGUGUACAUGUGUGUUCAGUUUGUGGCACUGGUGGGAUGGGAGGCCUCUAUCAAUGGCGAACCCAUGUCCGUGGCAAACGUCAUCAAAAAGCUCUUAGACGAUUUUACGAAUCUUACCCAGCUUGCAGAGACGCAGCUCCCCCAACUACUCAAACAGAAGAAAGCCCUGUCAACUCGCACUCAGAAACUUCUGAUGCACCGCCGCAACUACCUCAGCAGUAUGUUUCUUCUAUCUCCAGCAGGCUCGUCCGAAGAACUGUCGGAUUCCAGCCCAAUGUCCUUGGUUUCUGGUUCAGGCUCUGUGAUUCACAUGUGGUCGCUACCACCUGCCAGCUCUACAGGUUUGAAUUGUUCUGCAUCGUCCAAACUUAUCCAGUCCUGCAAAUACAGUCGGUUAGCAUGGGAUCCAUGUGAAUCUAAGCUGAUCUCACUUCAGACAAACCCACUCUCAGCACCUUGUAUUCAAAUCCGUUCCGAUGAUUUACACAACAGAACUGACGUGUACAACCUCUUUGAUGAUGAAUUAGCAUUCAACUCAGGGGUCACCAGAACUGGUCGUCUCUCUGCCACUUGUUUUGCGUUUCCGCUACGAGGUAGUUCGUAUCAGUUGGCUGUAGGGCGUACAGACGGUAAAGUGGACGUCUAUGACUUAUCACUGAAGAGACUUUCCCUGCAAAUUCGAAUACCCUGUAGGUCAUCUUUCUCCACCUUCUUUGUGCCAACCUGCAUCACAUGGGCCCUUUGUGAUAGACUGCUGGUUAUCGGAACGCGGACAGGCGAUAUAUGUGUGUGUUUAGCCCCAGAUGGAGAGAACAACGAUCCCAGUUUGUCCAUCCUCCCGGUUCCGCAAGCCAAUACCGCAAGCGGGUCACAAAAAACAUCAUGUUUGACCGUUUGUACAUCUCGCUUGGACACUGCACUGAUCGCCGCUGGCUAUUCUACAGGUCACUUCGUUGUGUGGCGCUUGGAUUGGCCACUGUCACCAAACACUCUCGAUCAUCUAUACUUCCAGUACUUCAUUCCACGCCCCGACUCAUGCUCUUGUGAGUUAUUUUGUAUCACGUGGUCUCUGAGUACCUCACGUACAGUGUUCACUAGUGGAUCACCUGAUCUACGUCUACGUAUGUGGAAGGUGGAAAGUCAGAAGCCUACGGUAGAUCCUAUACAUACCCUGUCCAUUUCUGAGCCAGGUGUCGGCUAUCUGUCAAAUGAUGUCACGUUGGACGGAUUCACUCUGGCCACUAGUCUUACAGAUGGGCGCAUCUGGCUUUAUGACGCUCGCAAUAUGUCUACUCCGUUCUGUACUCUGGCAACUCGUGGAAGCGCUCCUGUCCAGUUCUUAUUGUUUUUAAACCAUGUUGCGUCUCCAAAUGGCAAGGAUAACCUAAACCCAGUGGCUAAUUGUUUCAAAAUGGCAGGUGGUAGGGAAUCAGGGCGUUCACUUAAAAACUUAACCAACAUUGAACAUGGUUUGUCACCGGAGCACUCCACUAAGCGUCUUUGUUCAAUGCCUGAUAAUUCAUCGGACCACAAGGAAGCUCGUGAUUCCGAUUCGCCUGUCGAGUUUGAUGUUUCAUCCAGGUCAGAACCCGAUCCUUCGUGCCUACCAAAAGAGGCAAUUUCUUCUGAGAUAUCUACACAGUUACCACCUGUUUUCAGUCCCAUUUUCGAUUCCGAUGGCGUUCCAGAUCACACAGUAAAUUGUUUGGAAAUGCCAGUCAACAAAUCUAAUUCGGAUGCACGUUUAGACAAAGUGGUUCACCAGCUUUAUCGAUUGGAACGAAGAGUAGAAAAAAAGUUGGCUCAACUAUCUUCGAUACUGCUUGAACUUCGGAAGGAAAACACUGCUUUACGAAGAGAAGUGGAAAAACAGAUUUAUCUCACCUAGAUAAUAUCACUAUUUCUGUACGCUCUUCUUUUGUAUCUGGAAGUGACACUGUGAGGUCGAUGUUUUCAUCGCAACCAUACAUUCUGAUUGCAUAUUUUCUAUUGAGCCAUUCCUCUUUCUUCGCCCUGUUUGGUAUCUGGGAGAAUUUGUACUUUGCAAGGUAUUGCAAGUUUCACUUGUUUUCGUGUAUGCUGGAUCUGUUGGCUGCUUGUGAGUAGUAUAAACUUAUUUCCUUAUGUGCAGCGUUUACAACCUAGCAUGGCAGUAUUAAGCAUCACGACGUACGUGUAUGAGUUUUUUUUACUUUUGAA